AUGCCGAAAGAUAUUUCAACCGACGAAGUGAGUUCCCUGACACCUGUCUAUUCUAGCUAUCUCAGUAGGCAAAUACUAGCCAGCUUUGUUGGUCUCAUCGCUCUCGUCGGUGUGCUGGGAAAUAGCACCGUCGUGCUGGCUGUAGUUCUCUCCCGUAAACCUCGCACGAUCACCAACAUUUUCGUGGUCAACUUGGCCGUGGUGGAUCUCGUCACCUGUCUAAGCAUGCCUAUCAUGGUUCUAGCAGUGUUGAGCGAAAGCCAGGAAAACCUGCUGGUUUCAGAGGAUCUUUGCGCUUUCCAGGGAUUCGUGCUUAUCGUCUGCCUUGGGUGCAGCCUGAACAACAUUGCCACGAUCGCCGUCUAUCGCGCCUUGGUCACUCGCAAGAAAACUCCGGGAGGACUCCUCUCGCUGUUCAAUCGCUGCGGUCUUGUCGCCAUGAUUUGUGCAAACUGGCUGGUCCCCCUUGCAGUGGGUUUGUUGCCUAUUGUAUCGAAGUUCGGUUCUUACGGAUAUGACGAAAAUCUAAGCACCUGCUCCUUCAACCCAUCAGCGGAAGGCUCUGGCACAUUCUCAAAAAUAAUGGCUAUGCUAUUUUUCCCCGUGCAGCUCGUUGUGACUUUCGCAAGUUAUGCGGUCAUCCUGUACACAGUCAAGAAACACGCCCGUCGAGUGAACGUCAACGUGGAGCCACCACUGGCCAUCGUUGGUGGGACCAUGAGGUCCCCACCUCAACCCGGGCCUGCAAGACAGCCACAUACAUCAGCCCGUGGAGCUGCUCCAGCCCUGAACCAGCGGCAAGCGGGAGCUACAACUCCGCCUCAGUGGGCCCGUAGAAUCCGAUCGUUGGCCUCCAGUCGUCCUGCAACGCACGCCCAUGCUGUCGGACCACCAGUUCAAGCCAGGCCCGGGUUUCGCCAAUAG